CUCACGUAGUAUUGCGCGUGCAUUUUUUCGUAUUCUUUAUCGGUAGUUACUGAACUACUUCGCCGUAACUCUCACCCUAUUCUGAAGUAGCCUAGUUGGCGCCGUCCGUAUGUUACGUAAAUGACGCUCGGUGGGUUGGAGUGACAAAGAGAGCGAGCAGAGAGACAGACAGAGACGGAAUAAAAAAAAAAAAAAAAAAUUGUGAGAGGGGUAUUAAAACUGGUAUUUGCGGUCUAUACAGCUAUUUAAACUUGUUUCUCGAUCGUUAAACCGAUUCUACACAGUUCAAAAUAUUACUUAUAAGUUUAUGGGGUUAAAAGAGCCGGUGGUUCUUUUGAAAACGUUUGAUUUAAAAUCGGGAAAUUGGAAAUUUUUCAUUUGAAUUGUUGGUCGGAUUGAGCAAGGGAGCCGCCAUGGCUGCUGCUGUCGGAUCAUUGAGUCUCCACCUCAAAUAUGAAUAAUUUUACUGAUAUUUUAAACUAAACAGUUUGUUUUAGAAAACUAUAUUGACCUACACAUGGUAUUUUUUUUAUUUUACAGAUGGACCUUAUACAUUAAAUAAAACACUUAAAUAAGUGAUUUAAAAAAAUCUUAAUUUAAGGAAAAUACGCCGAGAUUCAGGAUAAUUAAAGGCUUUUUUUCGUUGACGAACUGAUCAUUUGAAUAGGAAAACAUCUGAAAAAGGAUGGUUUGAAGAAAAGGAAAAAAAAAAGACUUAGACUCGAGCAGAAAUAAAGGGGUGCACAUUCCUAACGGGAAGGACAAGGGAAGUGUGUUUUUUUUUCUUUCUUUUUAUCAAUACUACGAUUAAUGCCCAAUUUGUAUUGAGAACAUUGCAACAAUAAAUACCGAGAUAGAGUCAGAGACGGAGUCCAUAAGGAUAGAGAAUGUCAGGACGGCCUAGAACCACCUCCUUUGCAGAGAGCUGCAAGCCAGUGCAGCAACCAUCAGCCUUCGGGAGCAUGAAAGUCAGCAUAGGAGACAAGGAUGGCAGCAAAGUAACCACAGUGGUGGCGACACCUGGCCAGGGCCCAGACCGGCCGCAGGAUGUCACCUACUCAGACACCAAGGUGAUUGGGAAUGGCUCCUUCGGGGUGGUGUACCAGGCCAAGCUGUGCGACUCCGGAGAGCUGGUUGCCAUCAAGAAGGUCCUACAGGACAAGCGCUUCAAGAACCGUGAACUUCAGAUCAUGAGGAAGCUGGAUCAUUGUAACAUUGUCCGGUUGCGCUAUUUCUUUUACUCCAGCGGGGAGAAGAAGGAUGAAGUGUAUCUGAACCUGGUGCUGGACUACGUUCCUGAGACAGUGUAUAGAGUCGCUAGACACUACAGCCGGGUAAAACAGACCCUCCCCGUGAUCUAUGUGAAGUUAUAUAUGUAUCAGCUAUUCCGGAGUUUAGCAUAUAUCCAUUCCUUUGGAAUCUGCCAUCGGGACAUCAAACCACAGAACCUGCUGCUCGACCCUGAAACGGCAGUGCUCAAGCUCUGUGAUUUCGGAAGUGCAAAGCAGUUGGUCCGAGGAGAGCCCAACGUGUCCUACAUCUGCUCGCGGUACUACAGGGCACCUGAGUUGAUCUUUGGCGCUACUGAUUAUACCUCCAGUAUAGAUGUGUGGUCAGCUGGCUGUGUAUUGGCUGAACUUUUGCUAGGACAACCAAUCUUCCCUGGUGACAGUGGAGUGGAUCAGCUGGUAGAAAUCAUCAAGGUUCUAGGAACGCCGACAAGGGAACAGAUUCGAGAGAUGAAUCCAAAUUACACUGAAUUCAAAUUCCCUCAGAUUAAGGCACAUCCGUGGACUAAGGUGAGUCAACAGCCUUCUGUCGCUCGGUUCCAGGUCUUCCGGCCUCGGACCCCCCCGGAGGCCAUUGCUCUGUGCAGCCACCUGCUAGAGUACACCCCCACUGCCCGCCUGACACCACUAGAGGCGUGCGCGCACUCGUUCUUCGAUGAGCUACGGGACCCAAAUGUCAAGCUACCAAACGGACGGGAGAAACCUUCUCUCUUCAACUUCACCACUCAAGAGCUGUCUAGCAACCCUUCCCUGGCUGCAAUCCUUAUCCCAGCUCACGCACGGCAUCAGGCCACCACCUCAACCCCCACAAAUGCCUCUGCAUCCACAGAAGCUAACGCAGGAGAUCGUGGCCAGACCACCAACGCAGCUUCUUCAGCAUCUGCAUCAAACUCUACCUGAAACCGACGAAUGGAGUCAGAGCCAAAUCUGAGUCGCAAAUAAAUCAAACCUAAAAACAAACAAAUAUUGAGAGAGAAGCCCUGGUCAUUAAUGUUUUUUUUUUUUUAUUUGUAAUAGAACAUAUAAAUACAAUUUUCAUUUUGUGCUCAUCAAGGGGAUUUUGGAGGAAUGCGGAGCAGUAUAUACACUUUUCUCCCUUGACAAUUGUUUUAUUGAAGUUAUGACAACAUUGUAGCAACCCACCCUCAACCUGCAAAACAAGAUAUCAACCACCACCCUCAUUUCUCCUUUCUCCUUUCCCCAGACGCUAUUCUUUUCUCUUACCCUUAAUAUCCCUGGAAUUGUGGAACCUCAUUGGAAACAGGACAGUUUUCCAUUCAGCUCUAUUUCUGGUUUAUAAAAUAGUGCACGGCUUGAAUUUGGUUAGGAGCACAGAGUAAAAGAAUUAUAUUGACAAGCAUCAUCAAAUUUUUUUUUUUUUUUUUUUUGACAUUUGAGAAAAAAAAAAAAUGUAUUUGUCUAUUUCAGAUAGCCAACAGGUAGCAGACCCAUGUUUUUAAACGCAGGAUCCUGGAUUUUUGCUCAUGACAUUUUUAUGGAUGGCUAGGUGGUUGUUGUUAUUGUUUAUUAUUAUUAUUAUUAUUAUUAUUAUUAUUAUUAUUAUUAUUAUUAUUAUUGUUACAAUUGCUGUUUUUAAAUAUAUAUUUUUUUUGUAAUUCAUUAGGACUUGUGAAUCCAAAAAUGUCUACUUGCUUUUGUUUUGUAUAUAUAAAUACAUAUGUAUACAGUUUUUAUAUAGUUUUGAAGGAUUUUUAUAUAUAUAUACAAAUUAGUUUCCUUUCAACUAACACAGUAGGUCAGAUGCUAAAAACUACAGCUAACGCAGACACAGUAUGUGUUGGUUUUUAAACAGUGUUAUUUCAGUUAGGCUGCUGCAUUUUCAGACUUCCAAGUUGCUUUUAAUGUGUUUUUUUUUUUCUUCUUUUUGACAUUGUUAGUCACAUAUUUUAGAUUAUAUUUUAAUCUUUUCUCUUAUUUAUUACUGCAUGUGAUUGUCAGCAGAAACCUGCUUUUUAUAUGAAUAUCAUGGUAAAGAAAGAAAAUAAAUUGAAUAAAAGCGUACUGCACCACUAUUACUAUACUGUACUGCUAUAGUCAAAUGGAAGAGACAGUUUUAUUUAAUUUGACUUGAGUUUUAUGGUGAAUGUGCGUUUUUAGUAUGAGGUUUUAAUAAAGGAAUGAUGCUUUAAUCCCAUAUUCUGGGGACCUUAUUCAUUGCUGUUGCAUACUAAAACAACAAACCCAGUUUUUUCUUUUAUUUAUUUUUUUUGGGGGGGGGGGGGGGUAGUUGGGCUUAUCUGAAACAUGCCUUUCAGUAGAAGCACAUAGGGUUCUUUUGGGGGAAAGAGAGACAACUUUUGUGCAAGUUCAGAUAGUAUGCAACUAAAAAGAGUAAAGAUUGUAGCUCCGAGUGAAUUGUAUGCACAGUUUGAGCAGCAUGCAAAAGAAAUCUGUCAGUAUUGUUAAAGUUAAUCUAGUAUCCUUACCAUCUUAAGAGACAUUUUUUUUUAAAUGUGGAGGAGUCAACAAAGUAACCUUCUAAAUCUAGUGAACAUAUGUGAAAUGAAAUUGUGGUAGUAUGUAAAGCUGCUUAUUACUGUAUAACAAUGUAAUCCACCUGGUACAUAGAGCUCCCGAAUAAGAACAUGCAGAGAAGAGUGAGGAUCAUUCUAAAGAACACAAACGGUUACUCUUUACUCCAGUAGUACAUGUUUUGGAGUACUACCUAGGUAUCGCUUCUGAAAAGCCCUCAGCAAAGAGGUGGCAGGAAACCUUUCCAAGGGCCACUACUGUUGUAUUGUUAUACAAUUAUUUUUCAAGCCAACAAUCAUGAUUUUCUGGUUUAAACAUUUAUUUAAAAAUAGUAGCUCUGCAAUAAAUCUCCACCAUGUAAAAAAAAAAAAAAAAAAAGUCUGAGGGAAUUAAAAUGGAGGAAGAAACUGCUGCUAUCCAAGCAGUGCUGGCUGUGAUAGCUAACUGAUCCAAGCAGUAGUGAAGGAAUCAGAGCUUCAAUCCAUGUGGGUUAUGGUAUACAUCCUGCUUUUCAUUCAGUACAAUCCUAUACCAUGUAUUUUUAAAAGAACAAAUAACCAACAUGAAGUAAAAAAAAAAAAGUUAUUACCAGUUUUAUUUGUGUAUUAUAGCUGCUCCUCACCAAAUUCAGACUUGUUUUUUUCUUUUUUUAAAUUGUGUACGGUAUAUAAAUAUGUGGACCCAAGAACUGUUAGGAGCAAAAACAAACAAAAAAAAAUCAGGGUAAAUAAAUCUGUUUAUUCAAAAUGUAGAUUAGCUUUUUAAAGCUACUGUAAAGUAGGUGCCGGCUAUAUUAUUGUAAUAAUAACUAGCAAUGUCUAGUGUAUCUAGUUUGGAGUGCCUUUGCAUCCAAUGUUUGAACAUAUAUAUAUUUUUUCUUGUCCCUUUUAACCCUUUGAGUGCUGUAGAAGUGUAGGUCUAAUUGUAUUUACCUGGUGUAGUUUACAGGGAUUUUAGUUUAGAUUUUAAUGUUUUGUUUUGUUUUGUUAAUUAUAUUAUAUAUAUAUAUAUAUAUAUAUAUAUAUAUAUAUAUAUAUAUAUAUAUAUAUAUAUAUAAUAUAACUUUUUUUUUUUUUUUUUUAUGCCAAUGAAGUUUAGAAUUUGAAAUGAAGAAACAAAUUUAAAUGGUUUCAGUCCAGUUUUUACAAUCUGAGCACAUCAUUCCAGGCUAUGAAAUUGGAUUGGAUUGGAUUGGAUUGUUCAGUGAAUUUAAUGUGUGUCAGAAAGGUUUAACCAAUUUCAUCACAGUAUGCCUUCUGUAAUUUUGGUGUUUUAAUUUAAGGGUCUGUAUAUUGUUACUAUUGCAGUAGUUUUUUUGUUCUAGUAUUUUCAUUAAAAAAACAAGACAAAAAUAAGUAAAUGGCUGUUAGCAGUUUAGUUAUUGUACCUCAGAUCAUUUAUUUACAGUUUGUCGCUUUUGACACUUAGUAAAAUGGUGUCAAAGCACAUGUGCUCUUUUAUUGCCAAUGGUAUCAGUAUUGAUUGUGGGAUGGGUAGCCUGUUUAGUUUGGGGCAAUCUUUAUCUUUUAAAAGUUAACCCCAGUCUGAUCUUUCCCCAGAGUUAUCAAGUUCAGUUGUUUAGGAUUCAUUGGUUAAAUGUUUUUCUAUCAGAUUGACCGCUCGUGUCCGUUCAGCCGCACCCUCUCCACUCUGUCCUGUUUCCAAGGUGGAUGUGUUCCGAUAAUAGAAUAAGGCAAUAAUAGUUACUAUUGGAUUUUAUUUUUUUAAAUUUGUUUUUCAUUGAAGUACAUUCAUUCAAGCAGCACUCAAAGGGCUAAGUAACAUGUAGCUCCUCUUGUGAUUCUGAUAUAAAAUAUUGCUUGCUUGUAAAAUUCGCACUCAUAGAUGUGUUGCUAUUGGAUCACAUGGCCUGUAAAACUAAAGUGUGACCAUUUCCAUGUCUACAAAAUAAAGGACUGUGGGUUAUAUACAGACUAUCGCAUACACUUGUGAAAAAAGCUGUCGAUGAAAACAAAACCUGUAUAACAUUAUUACUACUUGAAUGCCUCUGUUUGUGACUGAAUUUAUAUUUCAUUUUAAAUAUAAACUUUUUUUUUUCUGUGAAAGUAUGCUUAAUGUUUUUUUCCCCACUUCCCUGUAAAUAAAUCCAUUUUGUUCUUCAGUGUGACUUGGUUUAAAAAAAAAAAAAAAAAAAAAAAAAAAAGUUAACUGGUACUGUAAUAAUUUGCAUUAAAUAAAGUAGGUUAGCCUGGAAAUGAAAGUAAA